AUGAUGUGCUGGUCUGAUAAGAUUAAUCUUUGUUUUAAAGAUCAAGUGGACAUUCCCAGUGCCAGUAGUGUUGAUUCUGAUCUCAUUACAGUCUGGGUUAGUGAUGAACUCAAGAAAGUACAACAAGAUUUACAACAAGACACUACUAUGUGUAGCCCUAGUAAGGACGAGGAAAGUAGUGAUUUAUUAGAAGAAAUAAUGGAUGAAGUGUGUAAAUCAAGCUCUGAAAGAAAGCAACCUAAUUUUUCAUCUGCACAGAAUACGAGACAGAGAUUUGAAGAAGAAGAAGAUGAAGUAGAUAAUUAUAAAGUAAAAUCUUACCAACCUAGAAAUCUUCAUAAUUAUAGUAGUGAUGGUGAAAACUUUCCUUAUCAUGAUAUCUUCUCUGAUGAGAAUUAUUUAGAUCUUCCUCCACUUCAAGUGAAGAAGAAGAAACAUAAAGCCAAGAAAAGUCCCUAUACUAAUGCUAACAGUUAUAAAAAUCAGCAACCAAACCAAAGUGGUUAUUUAACUACAGUAAGAGUUGAAACUAGCCUAGCUCACCCAGGACAUCAUUUUUUAACACAUACAUCUAAAGACAGAAGUACUGGAAAAGUGAAAACAUUACAUUCAGAAGAAAUAGUUGCUGAUGGUCUUCAGUCUAGUAUUGCUAUUGAAUAA